UACAAAACUUUCAACAUUUUAAAAAAUCAAAACAAAAAGAGACGAGAAUCAAAAAAAUAAACAAAAAGUUCUUCGUCAAAAUAUUAAUAAAAUCAAAUUUAAGUGCAAUUAAGAAUAAAAUAAAUAUACAAAAUGAAUUUUAAUGUCUGCAGGGCAUGCAUGACACCUGAAAGUGAUAAUAAGUUGACGUCAAUAUUUACAGAAAAUGGAAAACUUUCAAAUUUAGUGUUUGAAUUGACAAAUUUGAAGAUUCCAAACAUCAAAGAGUCUCCAGCCUUCCUAUGCACAACCUGCAUUAACGACCUCAACAAGGCCAUCUCAUUUCGCAAUUUAUUCAUCAAAAAUCACCAAAAUUUCACCGACUUUUAUUCACAAUCGAAACUUCGAAGUCUUCUUUGUGGCAUCAAAGUUGAUGACAAUUUUGACAGUGGACCAUCAAAACCCGUGACUGAGCAUAAAAGUUCUGAAAUUCUCGAGCACUGCCUUACUAAAAGAAAUGAAAAUUUGCCAGCAUUUAAUAUUCAGGGUUACAUUAAGGAUCUCCUGACUGAAAAAUUCACAGUAAAUGCAGAAACUGAACAGAAUUUUACACAAAAUGAUGAAACGAGCAUCAAAGUUGCUAAAGUUCAGGAAUCAUUUAUAAAACAGGAACCGAUGGAGGAUGAUGCAGGAGGGUCUGGUGCUGAAAGAAUCACAAUAAAGACAGAAGAUGACGACAAGUUUGAUAAUUAUGAACCACAAAAUGACAAUAGCAAUGACAUGCAGGAUGAUGACUACAGCUACGGAGAAUACAGCGGACAUAACCAAACAAAUUCAGAAUUUCCACUUCUGUUGUCAGCUCUAAGUUCUAGAAAGUCACCACACCAGUCAACAUCUUCGUUAUGCCAGAACUGUGGUCACAUAUCUGAAAAUGGCUGUAAGAACUGCAACAUAAAUGACUCACUGUCUACAGACCCACAUCGUGGCUCACAAAGGGACAAAAUAAUUCAAAAAUAUUUAGAAGAUCCAACAGUAACGAUCACGUCACUUGCUAGAUGGGCAGAUAUUCCUCGAACGACUGUCGGACGAAUUAUUGAGAAUUUUAAAAGCAAUAAAAGUCCGAUAGUCAAAAGACCAGGUGCAGGCAGAAAAGCAGGAACUGGAAAUGUCGAAAGGGAAGAAAAAAUCAUUGAAAUGCUGAAACUUCAUCCACAAUUGACUGUAAGACAACUAGCACAGAUGUUUGGGACAUGUCCAGCGAAUGUGCAGAAAAUAAAGGUCCGACAUGGAUUGGCAUUUAAGAGGAAAAGUGGAGGAAGUGAGAGGAGUGAGGAAGAGAGAGAUGAAGACAUAUAAUUGGUACUUUAGCGUAACUUGAAGACGUAGACUGAAAAUCAAAUUAUUUAUUAGAAAUACGAUUUUUUUUUUGAAUUUUUAAAUAAAUUUUUUAUAUAUUGAGAUAUUAUUGGGGAAUUGUUUCAUUGAAUUUUCAUGUCCUCGAUGUUGUUGAGCAGUUUCCUUUGCUGAGGUGUCUUUGAAGAUGGCUUUUAAACUCAAAUGUCUCGUGACACGAACCACAUCUGAAUGGUUUUGAUUCUAAAACAAAUUUUUGAAAUUUUUGAAAUUUUUGAAAUUUUUGAAAUUUUUGAAAUUUUUGAAAUUUUUGAAAUUUUU